GCAUUAUUUAUUCCCAUCGACCGUAAUGCCUGCCCUUUCAUCCAUACUUUUGAGAGAGAGAGAGAUAGAGAGGUUGAGGAGAUGAACUUCGAAGGAGGAGAUCGAGAAGACAAGAUCAUCAACCAGGUCGAAGCUGCCUUGAACGGUGAUGCCGAGAAGGUCUCGACCUCCAGAUUCACGUCUCUCUUGGCCUCCAAAGAUCGUGACUAUCUUCUCUCUCCUACUGGAUCUCAGGUGAAGGUCUCCGAUCUGGAAGGCCACGUAGUAGGCCUCUACUUCUCGGCAAAUUGGUACUCGCCGUGUCGAAACUUCAACCGUGUCCUAUCGAACGCUUACGAGCAACUGAAGACCAAUCGGUCCAACUUCGAGGUCGUCUUCGUCUCUGCUGAUGAGGACCUGAGUGCGUUCAGCAGCUAUUACUCCUCCAUGCCGUGGCUCACAAUCCCCUUCUCCGACUUGGAGUCAAAGAAGGCGUUGAGUCGUAAAUUUGACGUCGAGGACAUCCCGUGCCUGAUCAUCCUUCAACCUGACGGUACUAAGGAAGAGGAGGUAUUGCACAACGGCGUCGAGCUCGUCCACCGUUAUGGGGUCGAAGCAUUCCCGUUUACGAGGGAGAGAUUGGAGCAAUUGGAGAGAGAAGAGAAGGAGAAACAUGAGAACCAGACAAUUACCAAUUUACUCAGCAGCGAUGAUAGAGAUUAUCUUUUGGGUCGUCACUCUACGACUGGUCAGGUACCAGUUGCUUCUUUAGUAGGUAAAACACUGGGCCUAUUCUUCUCAGCCCAGUGGUGCCUUCCGGGCAUGAAGUUCACUCCCAAGCUCACCUCCAUCUACCACAAGAUCAAGCACGCGAUCUCCCAGAGGCCGGGCGUUGAGGACUUUGAGAUCGUCUAUGUGUCGAGCGACCGCGACCGAGCUUCCUUCGAUUCCUACUUCGCCCUUAUGCCCUGGCUCGCGCUGCCCUUCGGGGACCCCAACAUCAGGGCGCUCACCAGGCAUUUCGACGUGCAGAGCAUUCCCUGCUUGGUCAUCUUGGGCCCAGACGGCAAGACCGUCACAAAGCAUGGCCGGAGCCUGAUCAACUUGUACCAGGAGAACGCAUACCCUUUCACGGAGGCCCGGUUGGCGUCGCUGCACAGGCAGAUGGACGAGGAGGCGAAGGGCCUCCCGAAGUCGGAGUUCCACGCAGGCCACCACCACGAGCUCACCCUGGUUUCGGACUGCACCAGUGGUGGGCCCUUCAUAUGCUGCGACUGCGACGAGCAGGGUUCUGGGUGGGCUUACCAGUGCCUGGAGUGCGGGUACGAGGUGCACACGAAAUGUGUCCGGGCCGUAGGUGGGGCUUUAACCGUUGGGCCAUGAGAUCCUGCUCUGUUUAGCUGAUAAUUCACAUUACUGAUGGGGUGUGCAUAUGAUAUAGCAAAGUAAGUCGUUGACUUCCUUCCGCUAAUUUAAAUUGAAUGGCUGAUGAUCAAUAGGGUCUAAGUCUUCUUCUUGAUGUGCGCUUGGCGAUGGUGAAUAUAAAUUAGCUUGUUGUCUCCGAAGAAAAUAACCAUUAUUCUCGGAUAUUAGCAAGAAAAAUCAUGGGCUUGGAUGGCCUCAAUUGUGAUUUAGCGCGAGUUGAAAUGUAUCCACUACUAUGUAGCAAUUGAGGAUGCUAAUGAUAGAUGCGCGAACGUUUAAUCCA